AUGCUCCGUGCUGCUCUCACUGGUGUCGUCGCUCGUUCGACCGCUAUUCGUGCUACUCCUGCUUUCCGUGCUGCUGCUGCUCCUUUGGCCGCUCGUCGUUUCUAUUCGGCUGGUCACGAAGACGAGAGCUUUGAAUCCUUCACUGAACGCUACGUCAAGUUUUUUGAUGGUGUCGAUGAUCUCUUUGAGUUGCAACGUGGUCUCAACAACUGCUUCGCCUAUGAUUUGGUCCCUGCUCCCUCUGUGAUCGAGUCAGCUUUGCGUGCUUCUCGUCGUGUCAACGAUUACGCCACCGCCGUCCGCAUCUUCGAAGGUGUCAAGGAAAAGGUUGAGAACGAGGGUCAAUACAAGCAGUACCUUGAUGAAUUGGCACCUGUUCGUGAAGAACUCGGUAUCCAGACCAAGGAGGAAUUGAACCUGUAA